UUUUCUUAAGGAACAAUUUUUUGUAUUCGAGCUCGAGCUCUUAAGUCUUAACAAGGCGAGCCGAACAAGCUCUUAACAAGCCGAGUUCGAGUUUGUUCGCGAGCAGCUCAGUUCGUUAAAUAGCCCUAAUCACAAAGUUACAAGGUACACCGCAUAACUAUAUUUUUCAUUAGUAUUCAAAUUGCUACGUUGUUAGAGUAAAAAUAAUGAUCCGAGUGAGAAAUAAUAUGCAGACCACAUUUUAAGGUGAAUUUAAGAAUCAAUUUAAAGUUGAUAUAAACAUAACAAGAUUUUGUUUUUGUUUUUUAAGGUUUAUAUACCACAAAAUAUCCUUAAUCUCGUUAAAUUCCCACCCAAUCAAUUUCAAUCUUCAAACGAAAUGGAAUAUAGAAAUUGCUAAAGCGACGACAAAAACCAGUCAUGGUCGAUCUUGAGUUGUUGAGAGUGCUGACAGCAUAUGAAAUGACAGCUAAACCAUAAAUUCAGGAAACAUAAGUCAAUUUAUUUUUGUUGAAAGAAACUAGUACACCGUAUGAGAAUAUAAAAAACAGAGACAGAAUACUAGAGACGAGAUAAGCCGGCUAAUUUUUUGUCAUAUAUGAAUCUCAAGGCUGGCUUGUUGUUUUCUUCACGAGAUUGGCUUCUUGUUUUCUUUAGGCAUCUUCUGUUAUUGCUGCUCUUCCGCGGUCAGCUUGCACUAAAAUUUCUGUUAUUAUACUCACUCCGUCCCACUUAUAUUUUUUACGUGUUUUUUUUUAUUACCUUCGUAUGUAUACAGUAAAAUACGUGUCAGUUCCUCUGUCCCGACGUAGCACAAAGUCGCGUAAGAUUGUUUAUUUAGAGCCCUCAUCUACUAGCUUAACUUCAGCUAGCUUUACUACUACACAUCUCCAAAUUCUUUCAAGUCCACUUCAAUUCGACGAGGGAACAAAAUGAGUUCAAGGGAUGCAGAAGAAACUCUGAUUGCUAACAAGCCUCACAUUAUGUUCGUUUCAUACCCGCUACAAGGCCAUAUGAAUCCGAUGAUACAAUUCUCAAAACGUCUGGUUUCCAAAGGCAUCAAAGUAACCAUAGUGACUACAACGGCCAUAGAAGCCUCCUCGCUUGCCAAAACCAGUUCCAUUAAUAUGGAGCACAUUUCAAUCGAUACACCUCCAUCAGACAGCGACACUCCAGACGUUAUCAAUGAAUUCCUAGUCCUUUUCAGGAUUGGCAUGACACGAAGCUUGCCCGGGGUCAUUGAGAAGCAGAAGGCCAAGGGGUGCCCUGUGAAGAUCUUGGUUUACGAUGCACUCAUGCCGUGGGCUGUAGGUAUUAGCCAGAAGCUAGGCGUACAAGGAGUUGCGUUUUGUACUCACUCAAGUGCCGUUUUUGCCAUAUAUUGCAAUGUUUAUUCCAAGACAUUGGAUAUUGAUUCUUUGGGAGAGUUUGAGAGGGUUGAAUUGCCUGCCUUGCCGCUAUUGGGGAUCAGAGAAUUGCCUUCUCUGGUGUAUGAUGUGGGCACUUAUCAAGGAUUGUCGAGACUCGUUGUGAGCCAGUUCGUGGAGAUAGGAAAAGCAGAGUGUGUGCUGUUCAAUACAUUUGACAAACUGGAACUCGAGCGUGCACGCGGGGAUAGGAAUACAAAAGAGAUCUUUAGGCACCAUUGGUUGCUCUUCUCGUGCAGAUAGGACAAAGUAUCAAUAUAAUAUUCACCCCUAUCAAUAUCAAGUUAGUUCCAUUUGACGUAUUGGAUGACAUAAACAUGAAGCUGUCCAUCGUGAAUUGCUUCUGAAAACCACAUGUUCUGGCUCUUUUCUGCAAGAAUACUUGCGUAUCCAGAUGGAUCUUUGGUUCAGUUUAUUUAGAAAAGGAAACAAAUUAGGCACAAAUGAUAACGAAGAAGCCUAAUUGCUAGCAAGCCAAACAUUAUGUCCUCAUGUUCUGUCAUCUUCUGCCAGAGUCCUAUAUAAGCAAAAUGCAUAUCACGAAAGAUCUUUAAUUACAAUCAUGAG